AUGGGUCUCCUUAAGACGGCAUUGGCAUCUUUGAUGCUUCUUGCCGGCAAUGCUGCCGCGCUUGAUCCCAUCAUCAUGAAGGGCACCAAGUUCUUCUACGAGAACGGCACGCAAUUUUUCAUGAAGGGUGUCGCUUACCAGCAAGACACCUCAGCCGCCGGAUCCACCAGCGAACAGACGAACAAGUACAUCGACCCUCUCUCGGACGAGAAGAAGUGCGCUCGCGACGUCCCGCUCCUUGCUGCCUUGGGUACUAAUGUCAUCCGAACCUACGCCAUUGACCCCAAGGCCGACCACACAGCAUGCAUGAAGCUACUUUCAGACCACGGCAUCUACGUCAUCUCGGAUCUGAGCGAGCCAGCUCUCUCCAUCAACCGAGACAGCCCCGCCUGGAACGUUGACUUGUUCGACCGCUACAAGGGUGUCAUCGACAACCUGGGCGAGUUCGACAACACCCUGGGUUUCUUCGCCGGUAACGAGGUUUCUAACAACGCCUCUAACACCCAGGCUUCGGCAUUUGUCAAGGCCGCUGUCCGUGACAGCAAGAACCACAUUGCGUCCAAGGGUGGUCGCUGGAUGGGUGUUGGUUACGCUGCCAACGACGACGCCGCCAUCCGUCACAACCUUGCCGACUACUUCAACUGCGGUAACUCCAGCGAGUCCAUCGAUUACUUUGGUUACAACAUCUACUCGUGGUGCGGCAAGAGCAGUUUCACCGAGUCUGGCUUCGACACCCAGGUCGACUUUUUCAAGAACUACUCUGUCCCUGUAUUCUUUGCUGAGUACGGUUGCAACACUGUUGACGGUGCCGAUGGCCGUCUCUGGGAUGACACCACCGCUCUUUACUCUGACGAGAUGACCGGUGUUUUCUCUGGCGGUAUUGUGUACAUGUACUUCCAGGAGGCCAAUGACUACGGUCUGGUUGAGCUUGAUGGCGAUGAGGUCACCACCAUGAAGAACUACGAGGUUCUUUCCAGCAAGAUCGAAUCCGUCGCUCCCUCAUCAACUGCUAUGGACGCCUACCAGCCUACCAACUCUGCGCAGUCCUGCCCCGAGGUCAAUGACGCGUGGAAGGCCGCCGAGAACCUGCCCCCUACUCCCAACCGUGAUCUUUGCGAGUGCAUGUACAAGUCCCUGACUUGCCAGCCCUCGAAGAGCCUCGAUGUUGAGGACUACGGUGACAUCUUCGACUAUGUCUGCGCUAACGACGCUGAUGCCUGCGCUUCGAUCAAGAGCGACGUCCCCUCUGGUAUCUACGGUCCUUACCUUGGUUGCAAUGCCACCCAACAGCUCGGUGCCGUCUUGGACGCCUAUUACAAGAACCAGAACAGUGCAUCCACCGCUUGCGACUUCAAGGGUGCUGCCAAGAUCAACUCGAGCCCUUCCACGGACAGUACCUGUGACACCUUGAUGGAGGCUGCCAGCGCAUCUGCCGAGUUCGCUGCCACUGCUACUGGCGGCAGCGCAUCCGCCACCUCGAGCGGCAACCCUGCUUCCGUUGUCCGCAUGGAGCGCUUCAUGACCAUCGGUGACUUCGCUGUCGGUGUCUACAUGCUGAUUGCCACCGGUGUUGGUGCCGCCAUGGUCAUGUUGUAA